AUGGCGCGGUGGCUGCGGUCCCUCGGGGGAGCCCUGCUCCUGCUCGAGGUGGCAGCCGCCCUCAGCUUUCUCCACCAUCGCUACGAGGAGAUGGUGCAGGCCCUGUUUCGCGUGCAGAGCCAGUGCCCCUACGUCAGCCGCAUCUACAGCAUGGAGCCGGAGUUCAAGUACGUUGGGAACAUGCACGGGAACGAGGUGCUGGGCCGUGAGCUGCUGCUGCAGCUCUCCGAGUUCCUGUGCGAGGAGUACCGCCAAGGCAACGAGCGGAUCGCCCGCCUCAUCCACGACACGCGCAUCCACAUCAUGCCCUCCAUGAACCCCGACGGGUACGAAGUGGCUGCCAAGCAGGGCCCGGACAGCAACGGGUACUUGACGGGGAGGAACAACGCCAACGGAGUGGACUUGAACCGCAACUUCCCUGACCUCAACACGUUCAUGUACUACAGCGGGGAAAUCAGUGGGCCAAAUCACCACAUCCCACUACCCAACAACUGGAAAAGCCAGGUAGAGCCGGAGACAUUGGCUGUGAUCCAGUGGAUCAGCAGCUACAACUUUGUGCUCUCGGCCAAUCUGCACGGUGGAGCGGUGGUGGCAAAUUACCCCUAUGACAAGUCUCAGGACCAGCGGGUCAGGAGCCCCCGGCGCACAGUCACCCGCCUACCCAACACGCCUACCCCUGACGACAAGCUGUUUCAGAAGCUGGCCAAGACCUACUCGUAUGCCCAUGGCUGGAUGCACCGUGGCUGGAACUGUGGAGACUACUUUGCCGAUGGCAUCACGAAUGGGGCAUCGUGGUACUCGCUCAGCAAAGGCAUGCAGGACUUCAAUUACCUCUACACCAACUGCUUUGAAAUCACUCUGGAGCUGAGCUGCAAUAAGUUCCCCCCUGAGGAGGACCUGGAGCGGCAGUGGAUGGCCAACCGGGAGGCCCUUGUUGCUUUCAUUGAAGAGGUUCACCAGGGCAUCAAAGGGAUGGUGUCAGACGAGAACAACAACGGCAUUGCAGGAGCAGUGAUUUCUGUCCAGGGAAUCAGCCAUGACAUCACCUCUGGUGAUAUGGGGGAUUAUUUCCGGCUGCUGCUGCCUGGUACUUACAUGGUCACAGCCUCCGCAGAGGGGUACCAGCCCCAGACGGUGACAACAACAGUGGGCCCAGCUGCACCUUCAUUGGUGCAUUUCCAGCUCAAACAAGAUGUGGUGAGGCAGCCCCCAGAGCGUAAAGCCUCGGGCACACGCAUGAACAACAAAGCCCUUCAGAAGAAGGUAGUGCCAAGAGCCACCCGCCGGGGGACCCAAAGAUGAGGACAGCUCACUUGGCUGAGAGCUGGGGGAAGCCGUUUAUACGAGGCCUGGCUGAUGACUACGGCCAGUGAACUUUCCAACAGUCCAGCAUGACACUAGCCCAAGUUAUUAGGUUAUUAAAAACGAGGAAGUAUUUAAUCCC